AUGAAAUAAUACAGUCUUCUUAAAUUUAUCAAUAUUUAAAUUAUUAUUGAAAUUGCAACUCUGUUAUUCCUUUCAGGAGUUUCUACAGUUUUUGGAGAAGACUGCACAAAUGCUUCAAAUGGAUAAAAUUUUAAUCCGUCAUAAUACAUAUGCGCUCUAGCUAGUUUUUAAAUUUCUGAUUUUAAUUAAAUGAAUCCCAAUUUGAUAUUUCCAAGUAGUGAUUGUAAAAAUAUAAAGAGAAUUAUAGAAUAAGGUAAUUCGUACUAUGGGACAGGUGGUGAUAAUUGCGACUUUACCUAGCCAAUAGUUUUUAAUUUUGACAGUUCUCCAUUGUAUGCUUAAAGAGUGUAACUUUUUCCUGUUUAGUGGGUUUUUUAAUCAAGUCCAUCUUGCCCUACUCUAGAUAUCUCUAUAUCUGUUAAUAAUUAGGCUCCAAAAUUCUAUAAAUUAAAUCCAUCAAAACACCUUGAUUAGGGUAUUUGUGAUUAUUAUUAAGAUAGAUUUACUUUUGAUAACAUCAAUUAAAUCAUUUCUAGUGUUUCUUACACUCCUGGUUUAAAAACAAAAUACAUUGAGUAGUUUUACAUCUUAAUAUUUCAUUGUCCCUAAGGUUGUAGUUCAUGUGAUGUUUCUUUAUAAAAUUGCCAAAGUUGUAUAGAUGGAUAUUAUUUAUCAGGGACAUCUUGUUUGAUUUGUGAUUCAAAUUGUAAAACGUGUACAAAUACUUCUAGAUAGUGUUAAUCUUGUGGUAAUAAUUUAUAUUUAUAUACUGAUAAUACAUGUUAAAGCUGCAAAAGCGACAAAGUUUUUAUUAGCGGCAAUAAUUGCUUAGAUUGUCAUAUCACGUGCUUAACUUGUAAUGGUGUUUCGACAUAAAAUUGUAAAUCAUGUCCAUCAAAUAAUUACUUAUAUCAUAAUAAUUAAUGUACGCCUUGUAUAGCUGAUAAAGUUUAUAUUAACAGUUAAAAUUGUUUAGAUUGUGAUUAAAGUUGCUUAACAUGCGAUGGACCUUCAUCAAAAAAUUGCAAAUCAUGUCCAAAUGGUACUUUUUUAUACCAUAAUAAUGAGUGUGUACCUUGUACAGGUGAUAAAGUUUAUAUCUUUGGCACAAGUUGCUUAGAUUGUGAUUCAAGCUGUUUAAAAUGUAAUGGUACUUCAUCGAAUAAUUGUAUAAGUUGUUCAAUAGAUAAAUAUUUAAAUAAUAGCAAUUAAUGUGUAUCUUGUACAGGUGAUAAAGUAUACAUUGAUGGUAGUAAGUGCUUAGAUUGUGAUUAAAGUUGCUUAACUUGUAACGGCCCUUCAUCAUAAAAUUGUAAAUCAUGUCAAACUGGAAGCUAUUUGUAUAAUAGUAAUUAAUGUGAUCCUUGUUCUGGUGUUAGAAAAUAUAUUGAUGGCACAAAUUGCUUCGACUGUGAUAUAAGUUGUUUAACUUGUAAUGGCCCUACAUCUAAAAAUUGUAAAACAUGUCUAAUCAAUUCUGGUUCUGCAACAUAUUUAUACCAUGGCAAUCAGUGCAUAUCUUGCACUGGUGAUAGAGUAUAUGUAGAUGGUCCUAAUUGCUUGGAUUGUGAUUUAAGUUGCUUAUCAUGUAAUGGUCCUUCAUCCAAAGACUGUAAAUCAUGUCCAACAGGAAGUUAUUUGUAUCAUGGAAGCUAAUGUGUACCUUGCAUUGGGGAUAGAAUUUAUAUUGAUGGCACUAAUUGCUUCGAUUGUGAUAAAAACUGCUUAACUUGUUAUGGUCCUGCAUCUAAUAAUUGUAGGUCAUGUCCGAAUGGUACUUAUUUGUAUUAAAAUAAUUAAUGUAUAACAUGUGCAGAUAAUGGAAAGUAUAUUAAAGAUUCUUUUUGUUAUGAUUGCGAUUAAAGUUGUUAAAAUUGCAAUGGCCCUCUACCAACCAACUGCUUAUCAUGCCAAGCAGGAAAUUAUUUAUUUGCUGAUAAUUCUUGUAAUUUAUGUGAUAUUUAUAAUGGUUUUAUCAUCUAAGGUUCAUAUUGUAACUCUUGCUAUAAAGGAUGUAAAAGAUGCUUUGGAAUUAGCAAAUACUAAUGUUUGGAUUGCUAAGAGGAAUAUUCUUUAUUUAAUUAAUAAUGCAUUUAAAAAUAUUUUAUUUAUAAUUCGUAGAUAAGAAAUGAUACGAUGUAUAAUAUCGUUUAGCUAAUUCAUGAUUCCUCAUAAAUAACUUUUCUAAGCUCAUUGUUUUUAAGCUUUACAAAUAAUAUGGCAUUCACUUCAACAUUUGCUUUUCUGAUGAGUGGUUUUGUUGGAUAAAGGUUUAGCUUUUUUUUGCUAGUAGAUGCUAUAUUCCCUAAGUAUCUAUACGAAAUAUUAUUAGCUUUAUAAAAGUAAUAUCCUACUCAGUAACUUAGAUUUAUGAAUGUUUUUAAAAGUUGGGUAAACUAGGAUGCUGUCACUUAGUAUUAAAAUUUAAGAUAUGAAGAGGUCAAUAUUUCAUUUAAUAUCUUUCAGACAAGUGGUUAGUAUGCUAUCAUAUUCUCUGCUAGUGCUCUAUGUUUUUUCAUUUUCUAUUUAAUUUCUGCUUUUGCUAAAAAUAGGAAAUUUAUCUCGUAUUCUAACCUGCUUUAUGAUAAAAUUUUCUUAGGUUUAAUAAUUCAAUAUAGUGAAUUAUGCACAAUGAUUUUUAUCAUAUCAAUUAAUCAAUAAAUUAAGGAAUUUAUAAAAAUCUAAGAUAUCUAAUAAAUAGGACUUAAAGUGACUUUAUUGUUGAUAUCAUUUGCAUCAGCUGGAGGUGUAUUUUAUACCUUGUACAAAUAUAUAGACUCUAAAAAUAUUCGAUAUGAUAAUACUGACUUUGAACAAAUAACAAAAAAAAAAAUAUUAGAUGAUAUAAUAGUAGAAUCAAAAAUAAGAAAUUACUUUAUAUUAAUAAAUUUAUUAUUUGAAGCUGUACUUAUACCAACAAUUUUUAUAUAGCUAAAUGAGGUAUGGUAAGCAGCCACAUCUAUUUCAAUAGCUAUUUAAUUAAUUUUAGUAGUUAUUACAAUCUAUCUAAGACCAUUUACCACCAAACUUAAUAAUAGUUUAUUUAUAACUAACUCUUUACUUUGGUUACUAUUAUAUGUAAUGUUCCUUUUGAUAAAUAUAUACAUUUAACAACCGUUUUUAAAUAAAUAUGAAGCUAUACUUGAUGCAGGAAUCUUAUCAUUUAUAGUAAUAAUAUUCAUACUAAUAUUUUUACCAUCGAUUGCUAUGUUGAUUUAGCUAAUUCUUUGGAUUAUUGAUUAAGUUAUUAAAAAAAAAAAAUAAAACUUAAACUAAUAAUCUUCAAGUUUGAAUAAGAUUAUUUUUAAUAAAAAAGUAGACAUUAAAAUAGCAAAUGAUACAUCAUAUAUUCUAAAUAGAUACCAAAAAGAGAUGUAAAUAUCUAAUCUAUUUGAUGAAUUAAUGUCUAAGAGAACAUAAAUGGUCAAAUUCUCUAAAAAAUAAUAAUAAAAAGAUUUAGAAUUAUCAUAAUUAAAUUUAUGA